AUGACUGAGAUAUUCUACGAGAAGCAGUGGUCCGUCCAUGUGCCUGUUUUCGACUUUGGCAGCUCGGAGAACCAGAGGCCAAUACACUACCAAUUUGAUGAAGGAACCAUUAUGCCCUGGGUAUCUCUUGGCAAGAAGAUCGAGACGGGGGGAUAUGGUACUGUUGAAAAGCUCAAGAUACAUCCGGGCCACUGCCAUUCAAUUCGCCAUAAGACAUUUGCACUCAAGAUUCUUCGAUCUGAUAUCGAGGAUCCUAAACAUAUUUCUGGCAAGAGAUAA